UCCAUUCUCUCAAUGAUCUCUGAUGCCAUUCUCCAUUCUCUCUCUUAUCUCUUUGUCUCUCUGAUCUCUUCACAAAAGAAUCCAUUUCCAUUUCUCUUCAUACAUUCCGCACCUUUUGUUUUAAAAUGUCUUCAAUCGGUGGAAGUAAAGGAAGUCCAUGUGGAAUUGAACUUGUUGAACAUGAGGGUUUCUACUACGAUCCCACCACUUUGGAAGGAAUGAUGAAAAUGUACUCAUAGUUCAAAGCACGGGAGGACGAUGUGUUUGUGUGGUCUGGAAUGAAGACAGGAACCACCUGGUUGAAAUCUAUCGUUGCCAGCAUUAUGAGCGAAAGCAAGGGCAACGUUUUGAAGGGAAGGAGCGCCCAUGACUUGAUACCUCCGUUAGUAAGCAACUACACUUCACGAGGAAUGCCUAAUGCGUCCACUCUAAUUACAGAAAUGCCCUCGCCAAGGUUGCUUAGCACCCAUUUUCCUUACUCUGCUCUUCCACCUCAAAUCAUCUCUCUGGGCUGCCGAAUUAUUUAUAUCGUUCGAAAUCCCAAGGACACUUUCAUUUCCCACUGGAAGUUCUUGCCUGCACUGCAAACAUUUUUCAAUGGUGAAAUGACAUCUUCUGUUUCCAAGGAAGUAUUCUUUGACUCCUUCGUUAAUGGUGUCUCUCUCUAUGGUCCUUUUGUUGAUCAUGUCUUGGGCUUUUGGAAUGCGAGUAGGAAUCAAAGUAACAUCUUGUUUUUGACUUUUGAAGAUAUGAAGCCAGAUUCUUUGUCCCAAAUAAAAAAGAUAUCUGAUUUCUUGGGGCAAUCCUCUUUGACAGAUGAAGACAUUCGUUGCAUAGACAGUCAAUGCAGCUUUCAAUCUCUUUCCGCUCUAGAUGCUAACAGAGAUGGUAAACUGAGUUUCAAGAAUACUGAUUUGAACAAUAGAUCUCUUUUUCGGAAAGGUGAAGUUGGUGAUUGGAAGAAUCAUUUCAUCCCAGAAAUGAACAGCCGUAUGGAUUUGGCAGUGGAGAAGAAGUUCCAAGAAGCAGGCCUGUUCCUCAAGUAUGAACUCUGACAUAAAGAAACCGUCCCAUCAAACUGUGUGUACCCUCUGCUCGUUGUGUCCAUUGUUUUUUUCAGAAGUACAACCAACAAAAAUGUACCCUUGUCAUAUUUAUGUCGACAAAGCUUGAUCUAUGUAUUAUAUUAAAGAAUACCUAGAAUAACGCUAUAGUCAUUUCAUAUGUUAUAGUAGGGGAAGAGCACC